AAAUAUAAUGAUAAAUUUUCAUUUUAAUUUAAUGAAAAUUAACUGAUUAUUAAAGGAAUAAACAAUAAAAUUUAAAUUUUUUGUGAUCUUUUGCUAAAAAUUUUUUUCCCUCUUUCUUUUAUGAAAAAAAAAGUAUAUUUUCAUUAUGUAUUAAACCCAAUUUAUUUAAUUAUAAAAUAACGAAAAAUAAUUAUUACUUUCACUGAUGGAUGUACUAUAGAACUAUAUUUUACCAACUGCUUAAGUUUCAGGUAUAUAAGAUAAAAAAGGACAGGCUAAUAGCUAAAUGCAAGUGUUCGAAGAUGAAUCUAAGGAAUAACUAUUAGAUUAAAUGCUACACUCAUAUACGCAUUCUCCAUCAAUGAUUAAGUUACUUUAUCGUAUGGGUUCAAAGAGUAUCCAGGCUAGCAUUAAUAGCAUUCAGUAGAUGAGCAGUUUGAGCAAAAUUUAGAAGCGCAAGAAAUGCAUUCCAUGUUUUAGUUUUCAUAUUUUCCACUAGGGCAAGAUUAGACACAAUUAUAGCUAUCCUGAUCAAAAUAAAAUGGGUAUUUACAUCCAAGGCACUCAAAGUUUUUAUCGCUAGAGCAAUCUUAGCAUACCUGGUUACAUUAACUAACACCAUCUUGUUGACCAAAACAAAGGAAAAUUAUAUUUAGUAUUAAGUGAAUAGUUAUCAAAAUCUUCUACUUCAUCAACUUUUAAAUAUUUUUUAGUGUGCUUGUUUGUUCUUUCUUUUGUUAUCAAUAUUCUUAUUUAACAGUUUUACCAAGAUAAACAAAUCAAUUCAAAUACAAUGAGAAAAAUCAACAACUUUUUAAAUUAUAAAAAUAAGAUAUUACUGAUUUAAAAAAUAAAAAUGCUUUGUUUUAUAUGUUAAAGAAUAAGAUAUAUAUUUAAAUAGGAACUCUUCCACAAUUAUUACUAAAAAAUUAUUACUAUAAAUAGCAAAUAUCAUCGCCUAAAAAUCUAAACCCCUCCAACAAUCACCAAACAUUCUAUUUCGAAGUUUAUUGUUAUGAGGGAGUGUGCGAAAUCAGUGAGCAUAAUAACCGAAUUCCUAUAAUUUAAUUUUGAAUUGAUUUUAUGCAAAUAAUAAGGAAAAGGCCUUUUUUACCCCCCCAUGCCCAUAAACGCUCCGAUUGUAUAUUCUCUCUUGAAUAUUUUUUAAAAUUGCAAAGUGCUAUACUUUUGUUAUUUAAAAGCCUGGUAGAUAUUUCUUAAUCAAUUUAAUUUUUUUUUAUUAAAUUCUACUUUAUAAUAGAUAAAGAAUUCUUUGAAGCUGAUCUCUUUAAUGAAUUCUAAAAUUAAUAAAAAGUUUUACUGUGCAGGUAGUUGUUAAUUUGAUUAUUCAUAAAUUGGUUUUAGAUUUUUUGUUAAUAGAAAAUUGUAUUGCUUCCUUAAUAAGGAAUCAUAUUAAUAGCCUAUUGAAAAAGAAAAAUUUAAAAUGUAAAAUAAUUUUAAUCAUUUUAUUUUUUUAAUACUUAGAAAUGAAAUCUAAAAUUAUAAGAUAAUAUUUUGA